AUGGCUCGUGCACCACAGGGAAUGCCUGAUUUAAGUAAUGCAAUUGUUGCGCAAGAUGAAAUGGGUAGACCGUUCAUUAUAGUGAGAGAUCAAGGUAAAAAGGAAAGAAAACACGGAAUUGAAGCAACAAGAUCACAUAUUCUUGCAGCUAGAUCAGUGGCAUCUAUUGUCAAGACAUCAUUGGGACCUAGAGGUCUUGAUAAGAUUUUGAUAAGUCCAGAUGGUGAAAUCACUAUUACAAAUGACGGUGCUACAAUUUUAUCCCAAAUGGAUUUGGAAAACCAAAUUGCCAAGUUAUUAGUCGAGUUAUCCAGAUCACAAGACGAUGAAAUUGGAGAUGGUACUACUGGAGUUGUGGUAUUAGCAAGCGCAUUAUUGGAUCAAGCCUUAGAGUUGAUUGAUAAAGGUAUUCACCCAAUCAAGAUCGCAAAUGGAUUCGACGAGGCAUGCAGAAUUGCCGUUGAACAUUUGAACACCGUGGCUGAUAAUAUAUUGAUAGAGGACAAGGAAAAUCUUUUAAGAGCAGCAAAAACAUCUCUUGGAUCAAAAAUAGUUUCCAAAGCCCAUGACCAUUUUGCCAAUAUGGCUGUUGAUGCUGUUUUGGAAGUUGCUGAUUUGGAUAGAAAGGAUGUCGAUUUUGAAUUAAUCAAAAUGGAAAAGAAAGUCGGUGGUUCAAUUGAAGAUUCCUCGUUGAUUAAAGGUGUUUUAUUGGAUAAAGACUUUUCUCACCCACAAAUGCCAAAAGAAGUGAGAGAUUGCAAAAUUGCUAUUUUGACCUGUCCGUUUGAACCGCCCAAACCAAAAACCAAACACAAGUUGGAUAUUUCCACUGUAGAAGAGUUUAAGGUUUUACAAGAAUACGAACAGAAAAAGUUCCAAGAAAUGAUAGAUGCAGUGAAGCAAUCAGGAGCAAAUGUUGUUGCCUGUCAAUGGGGUUUCGACGACGAAGCCAACCACUUGCUUUUAGCCAACGGAUUAAACGCCAUAAGAUGGAUUGGUGGCUCAGAACUAGAAUUAUUGGCUAUUGCUACAAAUGGUCGUAUUGUUCCUCGUUUUGAGGAUUUAACCGCUGAUAAGUUAGGUACCGCUGGUGUCAUUAGGGAGUUGGAGUUUGGAACCACCAAGGACCGUAUGUUGGUUAUUGAAGAAUGCUCAAAUACAAAAGCUGUGACUUGUUUUAUUAGAGGAUCAAAUGAAAUGAUUGCUGCUGAAGGUAUUAGAGCAUUACACGAUUCUCUUUGUGUUGUGCGUAACUUGGUGAGAGAUAGCAGAGUUGUUUACGGUGGUGGGGCUGCCGAGUUGACAUGUUCAUUGGCAGUUUCUGAGGCUGCGGACAGACAAAAGGGUAUUGAUCAGUAUGCGUUCAGAGCGUUUGCAACAGCCUUAGAUACGAUUCCCAUGACAUUGGCCGAGAAUUCCGGUUUAGAUCCAAUUGAAACUUUAUCAGCUUUGAAAUCCAAGCAGGUUAACGAGAACUCGUCACAUUUAGGUGUUGACUGCCUUGGUAAGGGAACUAAUGAUAUGAAGGAAUUAUUCGUCAUUGAUCCAUUGAUCGGAAAGAGACAACAAUUGUUAUUGGCCACCCAAUUAACGAGAAUGAUUUUAAAAAUAAAUGAUGUUAUCAUUAGCGGAAAGGAUGAGUAUUAG